GGGCCUCCGCUUGCAGGCGCCCCUCGGGGCCGGCGGCUGGGGGACUGGGGGCCUCCGCUUGCAGGCGCCGCGGGCCCGGGAGCCAGGGGCGUGCCCAGAACGCUGCUGGUGAGAUGGAACAAUGCUGAGCUGUCGUCUUGCACCCUCGGGACUGGUGGAGCUCAGGCUGCACCGAGCCACACAGUGUGUCCCUGAGUCCUGACCUGGUCACUGGGAGGGGACACUGUCCAUGUCCCACAGGUGGAGAACCUGAACCUAACCACGGCUGACGGCCACGUGCCGGUCCCUGGGCCCCUCUGGCUUCUUCUGUGGGUUGUGGUGGAGUCCACAUGCGGCCCUGUGAAUCGGGUGCUAAGACCCUCAUUUCACAGAUGAAGAAACUGAGGUGCCGAGCGACUAAGCAACCUGCCAUAGCUGCAGAGGAUUGGCGGGCAUUUAAACCCAGGACUGGCUGAGCCCAAAGCCUCUUAGCAAAGCCUCUGUGAGGGCGGGGGCUACCACAAGCUGGAGCAAUUGGAGUCCUCUGGGGCUUCUGGCCGUGCCUGGUGUCUGCAGAGGUGCUGCGUCUCAGCAGGUGGCCCUAGUGAAGCCUCUGCCCCAGCGCUCAGGUGCCCACCUGCGUGGGAGAAAUUUGGGGAGAAUAAGAGAUGCUGCUUUUCCGUCUCAAAACCAGGCAGUGUGGGAGACGUCCGGGCCCCAGGGAAUCCCCAUUUCCUGUGCUGUGGAGGGGUUCCCAAAGUCCCUCUCUGGCCCCUCAGCCCCAGUCAGAGCUGGGGGACUUUGUGGAGGGACCUGGGACAACAUUUCCGUCUUUCUGACCGUGAAGGUCAGUACAGCUCUGGCCUGAGAUUCAGGGACCAGUUCCUGUGGCCGCCGGUUAACCUUCUGCGUGCUCCGGGGCACAGCCAUGCGGCCCCUCCCCUCCUCAGUCUCCCUUGGCGCAAGAUGAAGGGGUUGUGCUCAGAGGCCUCUAAGGGCCCUUGCACACCCCCGUUGUAAGGAUUUCAGCUCACAUUCUUACCCUUACUGUGUUACUUCCCUUGGCUGGGCUUAGACCAGCUGGGGUUGCAAAUGUGUAUGUGUGUGAGGUGGGGUGAGGGGAGGAAUAAAAAUUUACUGUAAAAAUUCUUAAAACUGAUCGGAGUCAAGCACCAGAGAACUCAGCAAGUUAACAGUCCCAGAUGCUGGUCACAGUCCCGUAGACAGAGGCGGUGAGUCGUCUUCAGUAAGAUGUCCCCUUAAUUAAUCAGUGCCCAGAGACAGACGUGAGCGGGAGGUGCUGCAUCCUGGCACCUGUCGGGCAGUGCGGGUGUGUUUACAGGCCUAGUGGAAGCAGUUAGCCGUCAUUUCGGGAAACCCAGGCUUGGAUUUUUAAGUGCCUGGGAGGGGCUCGUUCUGAAGGAGUCCGAGUCAUGACUCCCACAAAGCAGUCACCGCCAUGUGUGUAUUUUUGUAACUUUCCACAUCUUAGAACAACCUGCAGUAGGGGCCCUUGUUUUGAUGUGCUCUGUGCCCAGAGACAGCAUCUCAAGUGUGAGUCUCCAGAACGUAGUUCCUCCCUGUACACUGCGAGGGCUGCAGGUGGAAAGCCCGUAUGUUGCCUGCCCACGGUGGGCCCACGUGACCCAGUCCGGCAGUGCCUGCCCUGCUGUCCCCUCCCCUCCCCGCAGCUGCCCGUUCCCGGCUCCCGCCUGUGUCUGUACGAGGACGGCUCGGAGCUGACCGCAGAUCGUUUCUGCAGCAUCCCAGACGGCGCGGAGCUCGUGCUUCUCACCACGGGCCAGACCUGGCAGGGCUGUGUCCUAGUAACUCCCGAGGGCAGAAGGGAGGCCUCUGGCACUGGCGUGUUCCAGAAGCCGCACGCAGGGCUCAUCCAGGCCGCCCGGCAGCUGCUCUCCGACGAGCGGGCCCCGCUGCGGCAGAAGCUCCUGGCCGACCUCCUGCACACCGUCAGCGAGAACAUCGCGGCCGAGACCAGGGCCGAGGACCCGCCGUGGUUCGAAGGCUUGGAGGCCCGGUUUCGGAACAAGUCUGGCUACCUGAGGUACAGCUGCGAGAGCCGGAUCCGGAGCUACCUGAGAGAGGUAACCUCCUGUGCCUCCUUGGUUGGUGGGGAGGCUCAGGAGGAGUACCAGCGGAUCGUGGGCGCCAUGUGCCGGAAGCUGCAGGAGGCGCGGUACCAUGGCAGCUACUUCGACAGAGGGGCUAAGGCGGGCGGCCGGCUCUGCACGCCCGAAGGCUGGUUCUCCUGCCAGGGCCCCUUUGACGUGGAUGACUGUGCCUCCAGACACUCCAUCAACCCCUACAGCAACAGGGAGAGCCGGGUCCUCUUCAGCACCUGGAACCUGGACCACAUAAUAGAGAAGAGGCGCACGGUGGUGCCCACGCUGGCCGCGGCCGUCCGCGGCGCGCAGGGCCGCGAGGUGGACUGGGAGUACUUCUACGGCCUGCUCUUCACCUCCGAGAACCUCAAGUUGGUGCACAUCGCCUGCCACAAGAAGACCACCCACCACCGCCGCUGCGACCCCAGCAGGCUCUACCGAGCCCGGGCGGCGCCGAGGAGGAAGCGCCCGGCCCGCAAGCGCCCGUGACACGGACUUGUCAGCGGUGCCAGCCGCCACUCCUGGGAAGAGCUUGCCGAGCUCGCCCUGCAGACCCUGGCUUUCCGCGCAUUUCUGAAGCUGCUUCCCCACCUCUGCGAGCCCAGCUGCCAAGGACGAGUCUGGGCGCUCCCGGGAGGCGCGGGGUCGGGCGCCGCCCGCUCCCGCCUCCCCAGUCGGUGCCCCUGCCUGCCUGGCCCCUCGGGCUCAGGGAACCUGCUGUUUGGGCUUCAGCUCCACUGUGUCUCUGAUCUCAGGGAAACGAUGCUCCAUCCUCUGACUCUUCGAAGUGCUGGGGAGAGUUGUAGGGGGGCCGCCGGACCAAAGGCAGCUGCGUCUCUGUGGGUCAGAGACGGUCAGACACUAUUUCAUGUUCGGCCUUACACGGCUGCGUCCUGCAGAACCGCGCGGCAGCUUCAGGCGUUUACGUGAGAAACGGGAAGCUGGCUGUCAGGUGGCACGAGGCCGUGCCCAGUGUGACACCAGUGUCUGUCACUCCACAUGCUGGUCGUGCGAAGCCCGUCACAAAUGGACGCACCGCCUGUGCACAGCAGGGGUCCCGGGGGGCGGGGGGUGGCGCAACUGGCUCAGGAAGGACUAGUGUUCUAAGGCACACGUUUUAUAGUACUUGAAGUUUUUGAAACGAGCAUUUAUUUCAUGUUUUUAAAACUUACUUUUUUAAAGUUACGUUUUGUAGUAUUUUAAUUUUUACACUUACUGUAAAAUUACAAAAAGCAAUAAAGAUUUUUAAAAAAUA